AUUCUGCAACGCUAACGAUAGUUGAUCGAUAAGGUUCUGGACCCUGGGGAAAAGGUGGAAUUUGUUCAACUUGGCCUCUUUUAUCUCUAUCUUUUAUCGUACCUAUUUACUAUCUGUCGUCUCCAUAACUCCCACCUACACCGACGAAUAAAUUUACGAUCGCUAACUUGCCCGUCCGUUCAAUAAGCUCAGUGGUCUUUAGUUUUCGAUGACCUUAUAUCCUACAGGCUAGUGAAUACCAUUCCUUUGAAGAGUAGCGGAACAAGCUAUGGUCGUAGAGAGGAUGGGCCGAACGAAAACGACGUCGUCUCCCUAAUGCCGGAAUUUAUCACACGAGACCAAAGUGAAGGCGGGUUUGUCAACGACAACCGCAAUAAUGAAGACCCCACGAAUUCGCAGAAGGAGGUGGUAGAUGAUCGGUGUGGGAGAAGCUUAGAGAGAGAGAAGCAGGAUCGAGAUACUUCUGUAGUCAAGACUGAAAAAUAUCCCACACCGCCAGCCGAUCCUUUUCCUACCCUCGAAGUCAUUUCCUCGACGCCUGUCACGCCAAAACUCGAGGGACGCGAAUCAGACUUCGAAUCAAGUAGCACAGACGAGAAGGCUGUGAGUAACGGAAGUAGACAAAUACAUUCAUUAGACGAGCACUCGGCACCCAACAGCAACCAGAACCAUAAUGCCAACGGCUAUGGCAACAAACAUGUCAAGGGACACUCUUACUCGUCCAUCACCACACCCAAUAUUGCAGACAAGGCUGUCUCUAGCCGAACUGCCGAUUCCGUUACCAAGCCUCGUACACAGUCGACUUCAAAAUCUGCUACGAAGAAGGCGAGCCAUGAGAGUGUUAGGAAGCUCUCCGCCUCUCAAAUGCAAGCGUUAACCUCGUCGCCCGACUCACUGCCUAUUGCCGUAGUUCCUCAACGCAAGCCCAACGGCACCGAGUAUCCCAUGUCUGCUGGCGCUGCCGAGCUGGGGUCUCGUCCAUCGAUGGCUGAGCAGCUUCGAAAUAGUGUCCACGUGCCAGUCGCAGAAAAGGAUACGCCCGUGCCAGCUUAUAACGAUGCUCCCAAAACGGCGGCCGACUUUAGACGACCUCCUGCAUCGCAACGGACACUUUCCACUCCUCCUAUCAACAGGAGAUCUUCCACUGGCCCCUUUAGAGGCGAGCCGAAUGCUACAAGACGAAAUUCCUUCAACCCUCUUCCUCGACCGCCUCCUCUGAAUCUCUCCUUCGUUGCGCCGAACCCUCCCGUGCCCCCUCCCAAAACAGACCGAGCCGAUCCAUCGCCGCCAUCCCCUAUACUUCCUGCCGUGCCCCUCCCGCCUAUGUCGCUCCCUACGCAUCUUCAGCUCGAACUUGCCGGCCAGCGACCCAGUCCUCUCUACAUUCACCAUUCACAGUCCGCUGAUACGCCGUACGAAUCUAGUGCGGUCAAGUUCGAGAGGCUGCUUAAUGCUCUGCUCUUACCACCAUACCUCGAGCAUAUCUUGACCUUUGGCACCCUAGCUUGUCUUGAUGCCUGGUUGUAUACCUUCACCAUUUUGCCUAUGAGAUUUCUCAUUGCUCUUGGUGUACUCUUAAAGUGGUGGGCGUACGUGAUAUGGAAGGAAGCCAAAUGGGUUGUCGGUUAUGUCUGGCAAGGCACUUGGCGUCUGUGGCAAAGGGGAAAGAGAGGGCGGGCCAUGUUGCGGCAACGAUCAGAGAGCAGUCAUGCUGUCAGCGAAUCUGAGAGAAGCCAGAGCCGGGCGAGCGAGAAUCACACUACUCCUCACCAGAACGGGACUAUGCGACAUCGUACCUCGUCUGACGCCUCAAGCAUAUCGGUCCAAGAGACAUCCCGGUUGAAUGGAAAUGGUGUUUUCCACCCUCCAAAACACCCCAUAUCUCGGCCUGGAGGAUAUCGUCACCGUCGAACAAAGUCGAUGCCGUCUAAUCUAACAUCAUACCACAAAGCCGACCUCCUCCAAGGUUUCGUCCUCAUCUGUAGCGCCAUGGCACUCAUGAACCUAGACGCCAGUCGAAUGUAUCAUGUUAUUCGCGCUCAGUCUUCAAUGAAACUGUACGUCAUCUAUAACAUUCUCGAGGUUGCGGAUCGGCUCCUCUCGGCCGUCGGUCAAGACAUCCUGGAGUGUCUCUUCAGCUCCGAGACCCUUUCUAGGAACAGCUCUGGGCGAUCUAAGGUCCUUUUGCCCUUUGGAAUGUUCAUCCUCUCACUGAUCUACAACGUUAUCCACACAAUGUGUCUAUUCUAUCAGGUUAUCACCCUGAAUGUUGCCGUAAACUCAUACUCGAACUCUCUACUCACUCUCUUGAUAUCCAACCAAUUCGUUGAGAUUAAGGGAAGCGUGUUCAAGAGGAUCGAAAAGGAGAACUUAUUCCAGCUGACUUGCUCAGACGUCGUUGAGCGAUUCCAGCUAUGGAUUAUUCUCCUAAUCAUCGGGAUGAGGAACGUUGUCGAAGUAGGAGGGCUCUCCGUAGUGGGAGCCGGGAGCGAACUAGACGGUGGCGCUGUAAAACCGGGCCCGGUUCAUACCAGCUCAAGCAUCCCCAACAGCUUCACUGUCCUACCGUCAUGGAUUCUUUCUGGCGAAGUGCUUUCUCCCUUCCUCGUCGUCAUAGGCAUCGAGAUGAUGGUAGAUUGGAUUAAACAUGCAUACAUCAACAAGUUCAACAAUGUUAAACCAACACUUUACAACAGGAUGCUAGACAUCUUAUGUAAGGAUUAUUAUACGAACGCAUUUUCUGCACCUUCGUUGACUCGACGGUUGGGUUUGCCGGUCUUGCCAUUAUCGUGCCUUUUCAUCCGGGCAUCUGUUCAGGUCUACCACAUGUUCCUCGCCACCCACCUUAGCCCCCCAAUCCCAACCUCAACCACUGAGCUUUCAGUUGAAUCAUCAACUCCGUCUUCUCCUGCCAUGAUUGCCGCAUUAGAGCAUCUCGACACGCUACUUAGGAACGCUCUUGGCCGAGCCGUAUACGGUUACCCAUAUGAGUCUCCUCACGUCCGGCCGUUCUGGACCUUCUCUUCCGACGAUGCGAUUGCAUUGCUGACGAUGCUAAUCUUCUUCUUCCUCACAUGGGUUGUACUGCUUAUUGUAAAGCUGCUUCUAGGCAUGGCUCUACUCCAUUAUUCUAGAGAACGAUACGCAGCCAUGAAGCUCAAGGAGCAUGCGGUCGCUGCUGGAAAAGCAGAACCUGAGAAUUUCUCACAACCUGGUAAACGCAUUGGGUCUUGGGGAACGGUCGAGAUCGGAGAUGAUCGAAGGAAGUGGAUUUAUGAGGACGAUAAGGAGGGCUUAAAGAAGAUGCGAGAUCGAGAGAGGAAGGCCGAAGAAAAGUUUAAGGAGAAAGGCGACGACGGGUUAUCUAAAGUGGUGAGGUACGAAAUGGUGGCGAAGCGGAUAUGGUAAAGAGCCAUAGUAAUCCGGCCUAUCCAGCCUCGUCCUACAAGAUAUGGCGUUAACGUCUUUAGACUAACUAUUGCAUUAUAUUUCGCAUCGUGUGGCGUCUAGCAUAGUUCUUGAGCGUUUGAGGGCAUUUUAAUAUCAUUGAGUCCUUGGUAUCGUAG